UAAAUUCAGUUGAAUCCCAUCAAUUUAUACAACAGAAAAAUGGCACUUCUUCGUUAUAUGGACACCAUCUUAGUCCCGCUCAGCUUCUUCAUCACAUUUGGUUACCAUACCUAUCUUUGGUAUAAAUUCAAGACCAAACCAUCUUGCACAACAAUCGGCAUCGAAUCCAUCAAGCGGAAACAUUGGCUAAAAGACAUGAAACAGGGCGAUGAUAAUAAAGGCACGUUAGCUGUACAAAGUUUGAGAAAUACGUUGAUGAGUUCUAUACUAUCUGCCAUGGUCACAUCGAUCAUAACAGUGGCUUUGGCUGCUUUGAUCAACAACACAUACAGUGCAAAAGAUCUCUUCAGCAAUUCUUUUUUUGGGUUACAUACGACAAAAAUCCUUUUCCUAAAAUAUGGAUCAGCGUUCCUCUUCUUGUUAACUAGCUUUCUUUGUAGCUCUAUGGCUGUUGCAAACUUGAUCGACGCAAAUUACUUGAUUUAUGCAUUGGGAGCUGAACCUGAGGCUGAAGGGGUUGCAUCGCCAUCACCUUCUUCAUCUCGUAAAUACACGAGAGAUAUCUUGGAAAGAGGUUUUAUUUUGGCUAUUUUUGGAAACAGAAUGCUUUGCAUCACGUUUCCUGUAUUAUUUUGGUUGUUUAGCCCGGUGGUAUUUGUGAUUGCCUCUUUAGUGUUAGUUUGGGGACUCUAUGUGCUUGAUUUUGUUAAUGUCGCACCUUACUACUAAUUAAUAUGGCCACCAAAGGGCUUACAUCGUAUAGCGGUAUCUCGUACAUGUGUCGUCUUUAAAAAAAAAAAAAAGAAAUAACUAAUAUAAGUAUAUAACAAAUUAAUGGAUUUGUACAAACAACUUUGUGAUGGUUGAUCUGUAUAAUCGCAUUUGAUUAAUAGCUAUAAAUUCUUGUGGUUUA